GUUCCUUAUUUCUUGAACCCACUGUGUUGGAUAUGUCACAGUGACACAGCAUCAACAUAUAGACCCACUAGGAUGUAAGCUGCAACAAAAAGAACUGUCUGUGUUGUGGUCGUGACUUGUGAAAUUCACUUGCUAUUCGUUAAUAUUUAUUUUCAUAUUUUUCAAUUUCUCCCAGUAUGCUGUACUCCAUUUCUGACGACUUGUGAUUGUUAAUGGCAUAGCCAGAACGAUCUUCACUGCUGUAAGGUUAGCUUGUCAGGUACAGUACUAGCUAAGUUAACUGCUGACUAGGAAGGUUGCUAACAUUAGUUUGUAAAUAUUGUCAUUGGUGUCAACUCAGCACUCCAAACGAAGGUUACAGCAAAUUGAGUUAUGGAUCCAAACAACGCGACAUACCCUGUUAAACUGUACGUUUACGACAUUUCUAAAGGAAUGGCUCGCCAACUAAGCCCACUCAUGCUAGGGAUACAGCUAGAUGGAAUAUGGCACACUGCCAUUGUUGUCCAUGGAGAAGAGUUCUUCUAUGGGGGAGGGGGCAUCACAAACUGCCAACCUGGUGAGACAUCCCUGGGCGAACCGAACUCCAUAAUAGAUCUGGGUACCACAGAGGUGACUGUGGAUAUCUUUAUGGAAUACCUGACAUCACUGGGAGAGUCCACAUACAGGGGGAACCAAUACCAUCUAUUUGAGUGGAAUUGUAACACUUUCAGUAACGAGGUAGCCCAGUUCCUUACAGGCAGCAAGAUCCCUGCCCACAUCACAGACCUGCCAGCUGAAGUGCUCUCAACGCCUUUUGGUCAGGCAAUACGCCCUCUCCUGGACUCCAUCAGUAUUGCACCUCAAGGGGGCAACACCUUCAACGGACAAUAUGGCCAGAGAUAAUUAUGUAAUUAUGAAAUGACCCAUGUGAAGGUCGGGAGAUCUGCAGCUCUGGACCAUUGCGAGUCCCUUACUGGUGUGUGUCAGUCAGCAGGCCAGGGAACAACCCAACCUGACAUAUUUAAUACUGUAACACCAUCUCAGCCUGACACCACCACUCCCCUCACUCCCAGCCUUAAUAUGAUACCACCUACUAUACCCUUUUUACUAUAAAGUUGGCCUGUGAUCUAGGGGUAUGUUUGAGUACGGAUACCCAGAUGGGCCAUACGUGUAUAUGAAUUAGUUGGAGCGUUUUCUUUCUCUAUAUGAGCCCAUGAUCAGCUGAAUGUCAAACUAGAGAGCUGCAGGGUGUCUCUCUAAAGCCAGAGCUGUAGCUCUUUCUGCCAUGAGUGGGUAGGGGUUGGGCGUUCUUUCACAUACCUACUGUUUUAAAUAACUAUGUAUGCUGUUAAGCUAUUUUGAUGUUAUAAUUUGUUUAUUUUUUUCAAUUACCAUGACAUUACUGCAUGGUACUCCAGAGAGGGAGAGAAUAUAAGAUAAAAAUGAUUGAAAAUUAAACUACUAAUUGUUACGUUGUAUGUGAAGACAUGACAACACUUGACAAAUUCUGACUUGCACUUGUCUUUGUUUUAUGAGAUUGCUCAUUCAUCAUAUCGCCCUUCCAAAUUUCUCUCUAGCUUGUGUGAAGUUACAAAAUGUCUGGAACAUUCCUUAAAUAUUGUGUUUUUCCAUAAAUUCUGGGCUGAGGAUUCUGGAUUUCCUGCUUAUUUUCCUCUAAUUCUAGGAUCAUUCAAUGUGGAUUUCUGUAUGACCUGUCAAUUUAGGUUAACUAAAUAAUUUGGCUGCUCUAGUCUUGUCAACGUUUAACCCUUGAGAACAUCAUCACGCACAGACUCAGGAUCACCUAGCUAUGACCUCAAAGUACAGAAUGUGCUUUUACUGCAAUACACUGAACUUCAUUUUUCUAGAUUUUGUGUACUAUUACCUCUCAAAUGAGCAGGAAUACCCAAUAUAUAGGCUUUUUCAAAUUGGAAUGACAUUGAGGAACUUCACAGGCAUUUCACAGGCUUAGACCUAUUAAUAUAUUAAGAGUCAUGCUAUUCUGCAUUUCCCCUUUUUUCAAUAAUUGUGUUGCCAUUUAUUUUUAUCUUCUUAUUUAUAAUAAUAAUAUAUACAUUGCUGUCUUUGUACAUUACACAUUUUCAUUGAGUACCUAAUGUCAUUAUGAACAUAUCAUUAUAACUGUUGUAUUAAGAUGAAAAUACUUAUUCAUUAAUAUUUUGUAUUGAGUCAGAAUAGUAAUAUCCCGUAAAACGAUAUCCUUCUGUCCACUAUUGUAGUGUAAAGAUCCUGUUUCUAUUUUGCCUCCGCUUGAUAAAGACAACUUCUCUAUGGUA